AUGGAGAAUGAACAAUGGGACUGGGAAAAAUUUAACCAAAAAAAAAUCACAAGCAAUCUACCAAAUUUUAAUGAAAACACUAAUGAUCAACCUGUGAGAGGAACAAGGUUGCUCUCUGAGAUAUACCAAAGAUACAAUGUGGCCAUUUUAAAGCCUUCUGGAUUUAAAGAGGUUGUCUUAGAUCCUAAGUGGAAAGCCACAAUGGAAGAGGAGCUUGCAAUGACUGAGAAGAACAAGACCUGGCAGCUCAUGGAAAAGCCUCAAGAUAUAAAGAUCAUCGGUGUGAAGUGGGUUUACCGUACAAAAUUAAAUGCUGAUGGUUCUAUUAACAAGAUCAAGGAAAGACUUAUAGUUAAGGGGUAUGCACAUAUUUUUGGUGUUGAUUAUUCUGACACAUUUGCUCCAGUUGCUAGGCUCGACACAAUCAGGUUGCUUCUUACUACUGUUGCACAACGUGGCUAG